AAGUAAGCAACAUUAGCGCAAACAAUCAAUCAAGUAAUUCUGGCAGUGUAAAAAUUCAGAAUCCGAUCAAGAAACCGCGUUCCUUACAUCAUAUCACUCCAUAAAUAAAGCCUCAACGAGAUCUCACGCAUUUCAAUCAUCACAAUCACAAUCUCUCAUUUCUCGCACAACAAUGGCAGAUUCAUCAUCAAAAACCCCAGCACCGUCAACAACAAACGGCGACACCACUCCUCCACCGCGUAAAGUCGCAUUAAUCACCGGAAUCACAGGCCAAGACGGAUCAUACCUAACGGAAUUCCUCCUCAACAAAGGCUACUCCGUCCACGGCCUAAUUCGCCGUUCUUCAAACUUCAACACACAACGAAUCGAUCACAUCUAUGUCGAUCCACACAACGCUCACAAAGCUCAUAUGAAGCUUCACUACGCCGAUCUCUCCGACGCUUCCUCUCUCCGUCGCUGGCUCGACACUAUUCUCCCCGACGAAGUUUACAAUCUCGCUGCACAGUCACACGUCGCGGUUUCGUUUGAGAUUCCCGAUUACACUGCUGAUGUUGUUGCUACAGGUGCUCUCCGUCUUCUUGAAGCUGUCCGAUCUCAUAUCGAUGCAACAGGAAGAUCUCACAUUCGGUACUAUCAAGCUGGAUCUUCCGAAAUGUUUGGAUCAACUCCACCGCCGCAGUCUGAAACGACUCCGUUUCAUCCUCGGUCUCCUUACGCCGCUUCCAAAGUCGCUGCGCAUUGGUACACCGUGAAUUACCGUGAAGCAUAUGGAAUUUUUGCUUGUAAUGGAAUUCUCUUCAAUCAUGAAUCACCACGUAGAGGAGAGAAUUUUGUUACAAGGAAGAUUACUAGAGCUGUUGGAAGAAUCAAGAUCGGGCUUCAAAGUAAGUUGUUUCUUGGAAACCUAAGUGCGUCGAGGGAUUGGGGAUUUGCUGGUGAUUAUGUUGAAGCUAUGUGGUUGAUGCUACAACAGGAAAAGGCUGAUGAUUAUGUUGUGGCGACGGAGGAUUCACAUACGGUGGAAGAGUUUUUGGAAGUUGCUUUUGGUUAUGUUGGAUUGAAUUGGAAGGAUCAUGUUGUGAUUGAUAAGAGAUACUUUCGUCCUACUGAAGUUGAUAAUCUUAAAGGUGAUGCUAGUAAAGCUAAGAAAGUUCUUGGUUGGAAACCUAAGGUUAGUUUUGAAGAGCUUGUUAGAAUGAUGGUUGAUAAUGAUGUUGAGAUGGCUAAGAAGGAGAAAGUGCUUGUUGAUGCUGGGUACAUUGAUGCUCAACAACAACCUUGAUUUUCUUUGUUAGAAUGAUGGUUUUUAGAUCAAUUAUGAUCUUUUGCUUCUUUUUUUAUUUUAAUCAUAUAAUGUUGCUGUUACUUUCAAGGAUUCAUUCAUCAUAGUUAAGGGAGUUUAAUUUGAUUUGUUCCCUCACAGUUUACAUCAUGGUUUUGGAGUUGUUAUUUAUUUUGCACUUGUUAAUUUAUCAAAUCUAUCUAUUACUCUACAUCCAUUCACAUUUGGUGGAACCUAAAAUGUUGAGCAAUAUAAUUCUCAUUGAGUUGAUUUCUUUUUG